AUGGGGGGCAAAUCCGAAAACAAGGCCGGCUACUUCGAUAAGCUCAAGGGCUUACUCGAGGAGUACAAGUCCAUCUUCAUCGUCACCGUCGACAAUGUCAGCUCUCAACAAAUGCACGAGAUCCGUGGAUCUCUCCGUGGUGAGGGUGUUGUCUUGAUGGGAAAGAACACCAUGGUCCGCCGUGCCGUCAAGGGCUUCGUUGGCGACAACCCAGAAUACGAGCGUCUCCUUCCUUUCGUCAAGGGUAACGUCGGUUUCGUUUUCACCAACCAAGACCUCAAGACCAUCCGUGACAAGAUUCUCGACAACAAGGUCGCUGCUCCAGCCAGAGCUGGUGCCGUUGCCCCAGCUGAUGUCUACGUCCCAGCCGGUAACACCGGUAUGGAACCAGGAAAGACCUCUUUCUUCCAAGCUCUCGGUGUCCCAACCAAGAUUGCCCGUGGUACCAUUGAAAUUACCGCAGACUUGAAGCUCGUUGAGGCUGGUUCCAAGGUCGGAGCUUCCGAGGCUACCCUUCUCAACAUGUUGAACAUCUCUCCGUUCACAUACGGUAUGGGUAUCUCCCAAGUUUACGAUGCUGGUAACACUUUCCCACCAAGUGUUCUCGACAUCGAGGAGUCCCAACUUCUCAAGGCUUUCAGCAGUGCUAUCACCACCAUCGCUGCUAUCUCCUUGGCUGCCAACUUCCCAACCCUUCCAUCUGUUAUGCACUCUGUUGUCAACAGCUACAAGAAGGUUUUGGCCGUUGCCAUCUCAACCGACUACAGCUGGUCUGAGAUUGAUGAGUUGAAGGACCGAAUUGCCAACCCAGAGGCCUACGCCAGUGCCGGACCUGCCGCUACUGAGGCUGCCCCAGCUGCUGCUGCUGCUGAGGAGGCUAAGAAGGAGGAGUCCGAGGCUGAGGAGUCCGCUGAUGAGGGAUUCGGAGGAAUGUUCGACUAA